CGCCUUCCCGCGCGACGGCCGGCCGCGGGCGGUGCAGAGGCGGCGCCGCGGGAUGUCCGCGCAGGGGCUGCCUGCUCACAUCCCGCAUCCUCGCCCUAUUCACGCCCAGGCCCCCUCCGCAGCAUCUGCCUCCGCUGGCAGGCAAGAAGAAAGUCCUGCUCAGCGGCUGCGCGGAGUUCACGGAGCACUUCAAGCCGGAGGACGAGUCCCCGCCGGAGAAGUGGGAGUCGCCGCUGGAGAAGAAGGCGCGCAGGCACCGGGAGAAGGUGACGGCUCACAAGGAAUCACUGAAGAAGCUCGUCGACAAGUACGACCCCCACAAGGAUCCAAAUGCUACCGGCGAUCCUUUCAAGACGCUGUUUGUUUCGCGCGUCAGUUUCGACACCACAGAGAAGAAGCUCAAGCGCGAGUUCGAGGUGUUCGGCAGUAUCAAGCGCGUGAGGAUGGUCUACGACCAGAAGGGCAAACCGCGCGGGUACGCAUUCAUAGAGUACGAGCACGAGCGCGACCUCAAGAACGCGUACAAGCAGGGGGACGGCAAGAAGAUCGACGCUCGCCGUGUCAUGGUGGACGUCGAGCGCGGCCGGACCGUCGAGGGCUGGAUCCCCCGACGCUUGGGCGGUGGGCGCGGGCCCGGGCGCGUCGGCAAGCCGUCCAAGAAGAAGAAGCAGAAGGCCGCGGCGGUGGCGCAGAAGGAGGCUGCCAAGGACAAGGACCGCGAUAGGCCAAAGGACCGGGAGAAGGACCGGGACCGCGGGGACCGUGACAAGGAGAAGGAUCGAGACCGCGGCGACAAGGAGAAGGAGAAGGAGAAGGACCGCGAGAAGGACAAGGACCGCGAGAAGGACCGCGACCGCAGGGGCGACAAGGAGAAGGACAGGGACCGAGAAAAGGACCGCGGCGACAAGAAGCGCGAACGCUCGCGCAGCAGGGACCGCGACCGGGACCGCGACCGGAAGCGCUGA